ACGAGACCUAUACGGGAACUAAACCUACAGCAAGACUGCACAUCCUGUGAGGACAGUCACACGCGCCUCGUUAUCUUGUGUUGCUCAUUCUUGUAUAGUGUACUGUGCACGUUCCUAGCUUGGAGUAGAAUCUGAUCAGUUGUCGUGUUUACCAGCAGCUGCAGUGUGUAUUUACGAAUCAUGGGUAUUCGUGGAUUGACGUCGUUUAUGAAAGGCAUUCGUGCCGUUUGGACAUCGACGUGCUUGUCCAGUACCAAAUUGGUAAUCGAUGGAAACAACCUGCUCUUCCAUCUUUACAUUUCCUCAGGACUGGACAUGCAAUGUGGCGGUCAGUACUUAGAGUAUUACCAACUCAUCAGAGUAUUUUUCUCAACCCUGAAGAAACAUCACAUAGAAGCGGUUGUAGUUCUGGAUGGAGUUGAUGAAGGUGACUUGAAGCUUCCAACUCGGAGAAAGCGAGCUAAUGAAAAGAUAGGAAAAGCUCAAACCUUUGACUGUGUUCCUCCUCUCUUCAUAGAGCAAGUUUUUUUCCAGGCAGCAGCUGAUUCUGACGUUGAGCUUAAGAUGUGUGAUUAUGAAGGAGACACAGUCGCUGCUCAAUUGGCAAACAGUUUAUGCUGUCCAGUGCUAUCUAAUGACAGCGACUUCUACAUAUUAGACAUACGUCUGGGUCUGAUUCCUAUAAACACAUUCGAAUGGCAGCAGAAUGGAGGACCGAUACGUUGCCAGUCGUAUCAUCGAGAUGCUUUUCUUCGUCAUAUCAAUCUGUCAGAUGAGUUUCUACCACUUUUGGCUGUUCUGAUUGCAGUGUGAGAAUUAUUGAUGGCAGUGCUUUUCCAGACUGGGUGAUCAAGUCAUUCAAGGCCGUGAGAUUUUCCAAGAUUGCCGUCCAAGCUGCCAGCUGUGGUCGAAUAAUGAUGCAUGUCCAAAUGGAGGACAUGAAGAGGCCUAGUGCCCACUCAUGCUCAUGUCCUAUAAGACAAAUUAUGUAUGCAAUCCUUUUUAAAGGAACUGCAUAUAGUCAAUCUAAAGUGAUUGAAAUUGGCAGGGCAGAUGGAGCUGUUGCAUUGAAAGAUUAUGAAAUAGAAAUCCCGGUUUUAAGUAAUGUCUGCAGUAUUGCUGAGAUCGAGUCAAUGAAUUACAAAGAAAAACUUGAUAUUCUUCUAUCUUUAGCUGCAGGGUGUGAUCUUAAUGAAUUUCAAAAAUUAGAUGUAAAUUUGAGGCUUCCCACAGUAGCUCUCUACUAUUGGUCUCAUUUGGCAACACAUCAAGUGUCACACAAGGCUAUUUAUGCUGCCAUUUUCUCUUUUAUUGUCUGUUAUUUGAAAUUUAAUCAACUUGUUGAACAGAAACGUUACUGUUUGGAUAUGCCUUCCUCACCAAUGAAAGAGAAAUGUAAGCAAUGGGACUUACGACUUGGUCAUCAUUUUGCUGAAUUUCAAAGCAUAUUGUAUUAUAUCAUGAUUCUAAACUCUGUGUUGGAU